GAAACAGAUGGGUGGUCAAUUGCAGGAAGUAGAAGUUUUCUUUUCUUAAAUACAGAAAUCUUUCCCAAAUCAACGAAGAAAAUAAAAAGAAAAACAAAAUUCUUCGAGUGGAAGCAAAACAGAAAGAAUUCGAAUUCAUCUGUGUGUGUGAGAGAGAGAGAUCCAGAGCUUAAGGAAUGGAGAAGAUGAACCAGGCCUAUGAGAAGGUGAAGAUGCUGGUGGGUAUGGAGAUGGAUGAGGACGACCAUGAAGCUGCUUCUUCUUCUGCUCUACAGGAUACCAACUUCAUCGACGACUUCAAUCGCAACUGCACAUUGUCCACCAAACAGAGGUUUUACGGUUUCGCCAUAUGCUUGGCUGCCGGUUUAACUUGUACGCUCUUGUCGAUGCUUGUUUUCUUCCAUCCCAUCAAGUUUGGAAUUACAUUCACACUGGGAAAUCUUCUUUCACUUGGGAGCACAGCAUUCCUCAUUGGCCCUAAACGGCAAGUGACAAUGAUGCUUGACCCUGUCCGUAUUUAUGCAACAGCCAUAUACCUUGCAAGUAUAAUAAUUGCCUUGUUUUGUGCUCUUUACGUUCAUAACAAGUUAUUGACACUUUUGGCGAUACUUUUAGAGUUUGGUGCAUUGAUUUGGUAUAGCUUGAGCUACAUCCCUUUUGCUAGGGCCAUGUUAUCCAAGAUCAUGGUAGCUUGUUUUGACACUGAUUUUUAGGCUGAUAUUCACCGAGGAAACGGCUUGGGACUCAUCCAUCGGAGUAGAUAUUUCCCAAUAUUAGUUUUUGUUUUGUGGCCUUGCACACAGAGAUUCCAACCUAAAAGCACCACGAGAUCGAAAUGUAGUGUAUGUGUAUGGAUUGAGAUUGUAAUUUCUACCGUUGUUGUUUAUCCUCAUCUCCAUAGAAGGAAGAUACUUCAUUUCA